AUGACGACCGUUGAGAAGAUCAAGCACAUCGAAGAUGAGAUGGCCAAAACCCAGAAGAACAAGGCCACCUCCUUUCACUUGGGGCAGUUGAAGGCCAAGUUGGCCAAGUUGAGAAGAGAGUUGUUGGCACCAACCGGAGCCGGUGGCGGUGGUGGUGGCAUGGGUUUCGACGUUGCGCGUACUGGUGUGGCGUCGGUCGGUUUUGUGGGAUUCCCGUCUGUGGGUAAGUCCACGUUGUUGUCCAAGCUCACCGGGACUCACUCUGAGGCCGCUGCCUAUGAGUUCACAACCUUGACCACCGUGCCCGGUGUGAUCAAGUACAAGGGUGCCAAGAUCCAAAUGUUGGAUUUGCCGGGAAUUAUUGAAGGUGCCAAGGACGGUAAGGGUAGAGGUAAGCAGGUCAUCGCGGUGGCCAGAACCUGCAACUUGAUUUUUAUCGUGUUGGACGUCAACAAGCCGUUGGCACACAAAAAGAUCAUUGAGAAGGAGUUGGAGGGGUUCGGUAUUAGAAUCAAUAAGCAGCCACCAAAUAUUUUGAUCAAGAAGAAGGAGAGGGGCGGUGUCAACAUCACAAACACCGUACCGCUCACCCACCUUGAUAAUGACGAGAUCAGAGCCGUCAUGUCCGAGUACAGAAUGAACUCUGCUGACAUUGCGUUCCGUUGUGACGCCACCGUGGACGAUUUAAUCGACACCAUUGAGGCCCAGAACAGACGAUACAUCCCGGCCGUCUACGUGUUGAAUAAGAUCGAUUCUUUCUCGAUCGAGGAGUUGGAAUUGUUGUACCGCAUUCCAAACGCCAUUCCGAUCUCUUCCGGGAACGGGUGGAACCUCGAUGAGUUAUUGGAAAUGAUGUGGGAUAGAUUGAACUUAGUCAGAGUCUACACCAAGCCAAAGGGUAGGUUGCCAGACUUCAGCGAGCCAGUCGUGUUGAGAACCGGCAGUUCAUCUGUCGAGGACUUUUGUAACCAGAUUCACAAGUCUUUGGUUUCCGAUUUCAAAAACGCCAUCGUGUACGGCUCUUCUGUCAAACACCAGCCGCAGUUUGUCGGUCUUUCGCACGAACUCGCGGACGAGGAUGUUGUUACUAUUUUGAAGAAGUAG